AUGAGCCCGCUUCAAAUAGCCAGAAGCCUGUCCGGAAGGGCUAGUGCAUGUUUUGAUUUACUUGGCAUACGUUUGAGACAAUCCAGUCAUGUUUUCAGGCGAGGGAAGACUAAAAACAUGUCUUUAAUUUUGAUGAGCAUAGUGGGUCUUUUAGCUCUGGUAGCUGUGAUUCGUGGGAUACAUGGGGGUGAUAUGUCUAUGGAAAUGUUGACGUAUGAUAAUAGUAAGUCUAAUGGUACCGCACAAGGUUCGGCAGGUUACGACGAGUUCGAUGAGGUAGCGGACGCAUCGUAUUCUGACUAUGAAAACAUCAACGCCCAGAUGAAUAGUGCGAACGCAGGCAUUGUGGGCAGAGCUGUGGCUGAAACUUUGAAACGUAUCAAGAAGUUCUCGCUUGAAGGUGAGCUAGACAAGACCAGAAAAAAAGAAUGUGACAUCGGUGACAUCUCGAUCACGGACACGGCUAAAUUCUACAAGCUGACCGAGGAGUCUUUGGCAAACUGCGUGCAACUUCCUGAAGAAACCUUUUUGGCGCUUCGCGAAGGCUUUGAAGGCUUCAGAAAGGCCAUCGUCGACGAUCUGCUGCCAUUAUUCAUGGAUGUUGACCAGCCGGCAUUUCACGGUGAAGGUAUCGUCAUGGUGGGAGGCGGAAAAUACUCUCUAUUUGCGCUUCCUGCAAUCAAAGCCAUACGAGAAAAUAGUGGUGUUAAGAUACAAGACAGCGUCCCCAUCGAGAUUAUCAUACCUCCCCAGGACAAGGCCGAUAGAGGUUUCUGCGAAAACGUUCUGCCGGCGCUGGAUCCUUCAGGACUCACCAGGUGCGUCUUUUUAGAUGAAGUGCUGGGCGAGGAAACACUUUCUCACCUUAAAGGCUACCAGCUCAAGCCUUUGGCAUUGUUGGUGUCCACUUUCGAGAAGGCUCUGAUGCUAGAUUCCGAUAACUACGUUAUCAACUCUUUGGAAGGCUACUUUACCAAUGGCAAAUUCAAUGAAAAGGGUCUUGUUCUGUGGCCUGACUACUGGCGUCGCUUGCAUCAUCCUAAGAUUUACGAGAUUUUGAACUUAAAGCUGGGCAGAGAUCAAAGAGAGAGAAACUCAAUUGAUGAUACCUCUCCUACUUACUUGUACGAUGUGGAUUCUAAAAAGACUCCCUUACAUGAUUUGAAGAACACAAUCCCCGAUGGCGGUACGGAGUCCGGUCAAUUACUGGUGAACAAGAAAAAACAUCUCGAUACCCUGCUUAUGAGCUUGUACUUCAACUAUAACGGUCCGUCGUACUACUACCCGCUUCUGGGCCAAGGAUUUGCUGGAGAGGGCGACAAAGACACAUUUGUUUUGGCGAGCCGUGUUUUGCACGGGCCGGAUUCGUGGCAUCAAGUGAAGACGCCAGUGUCUGCGAUGGGCCACUGGACGGACUCGAAAGACGAAAUUCGAUUGACAGACGAGGAUCUUGAGAAUUAUACGAAAGAAAAGUCAUUCAGAGGUACCGCGAUGCUACAGCACGAUUAUAUCGAGGAUAUCCGGUGUCAUGCUGUCGCUCAAGAGGUGAUCAGAAACACCAUCAGCAACAAGGAAAAGCUCUUUUGCGAAAGCUGGAUAAAGUCCCACAAAGAUGACUUUACCGGAAAAAUUGAAGAGAAGCGCGAACAGUGUAAAAAGAACGCUGAAGCGCAGAAGGUUUUCCAAAGCGAGAUUCGUGAUUCUUACAGUCUCGCUGAUUAUUUUGCCUUUUUCAAGUUUACCAAGGUUUCGUUUGUGCAUUCCCAUUUGCCCAAGUAUGAUCCAUGGGAGUGGUACGAAACGGGCGACAUGAAGUUCGAUGGUGCCAAGGCCCACAAGAAUCACAAGGAUGAUGCGCUUUACAAACCUGCUCAUUCGGGGCAUUAUCGCAUGUAUGACUCCAAGAUGAGAGAAAUAAGUGGCUAUGACUUGGAGCUGGCCAACUGGUCAGCGUUCAACACUUACUUGUGUGAUGUACCGGAUGGCUACAAAAACUUUGGCUACUUGUCAGAGAAGAUUGCGGCCAGUGAAUCUCCUGUCCAAGGCUACCGUGGCAUGUGCAAGUAUAUCAGCGACCGGGUUGAAUACUUGAAGAGCACUACUUGGGAAGAUAUUAAUGUCUAA